AUUCUUAUGACCCCCUGAAACGGCCGAAACCUGUUUCGCCCGUUGGUCCACCGAGAAAAAUGCCUGCCUAAACCAAUGCCCCAAUAUUGAUGGUUUGGCAAAAGUUGGCACUUGGCACUCCGGGGUAGAAACCCUUCGGGCACCGGAACCCCGUUUUGUCCGACCGGAUGCUGACUGUCCCUAGUCCCGGGCAGCCAAGUCUGAGCCCGAACUUAACUUAUACAAAGUACGAGUAUACCUGGAUCUAUAAGCACGUGAACUGCACAUGAUCUAAACAAUGAUAUCCAACAUGGGUCGGGUAAUUGGAGCUCAAGCUCCUGUUUAGCCUAAUCCCUGAAUCCAUCAACAUUUAUGCUAAACGGAGAUUGAUCCCGCAGAUUGCGGGGUUCCAAACGUCAUGUCGACCCCGAGAAUAAUAACCUUCCUCUUCCACUAACUUGGAAUGUCAACCAUGUCUGUCCCUGAGCAAGCCGCAUUUACCUUCCUGCCUUUGGGCGCCAUCAUCCAGGAGUUCCGUGUCGGUGACAAGAAUAUCGUCCUAGGCUUCCCAACACAGGUCGACUAUGUCAAGCACAACACCCCGCAUUUCGGUGCCACGAUUGGCCGUGUCGCCAAUCGUAUCAAGGAUGGCCUUAUCCAGAACCUGAAUGGUCGGGAGUACCAGCUGACAAAGAACAACGGUCCCAAUGCGCUGCAUGGCGGUGAACAGGGUUGGGGAAAGCGUGUCUUUGACGGCCCCUACACCGUCAAGCGCCACGGCCAUGAUGCCCUACUGUUCAAGUAUCUUUGCCGGGAUGGUGAGGAGGGGUACCCGGGCACUGUUGAGGUGCGCGUAUGGUACACCGCCAGCAAGGAAGAUGAUGGCGCCGCCAAGACCGUGCUGACGGCAGAGUACGAGGUGGAAUUCAUUGGUGAUGAGUGUGACGAGACCGUUGUCAACCUCACCAACCACAGCUACUUCAACAUCGGUUCUGGUCCCGACAUAUCGGGCACCACCGCCCAACUCGCCACAGCCGACUACCUACCUUUGGACGACACCGGCAUCCCAUCAGGCGGAAUUGCCAAGUUCUCACGCGAUGUGACCAAGCCCUUCGAGCUGACCGCCACAGGCGCUCACAUCGACGACGUCUUCAUCAUGGAGAAGGAUGCCUCCAAGAUCCCGCUGGACACACGUGGCCUGCCACUGCGCCGCCUGGCGCAGUUCAGCAACGCAAGCACAGGCCUCCAUCUCGAGGUUCACAGCACGGAGCCAGCAUUCCAAUUCUACACUGGCAAGUAUAUCAAGGUGCCCGAGAUCAAUGGCGCCCCAGCUCAUCAUGAGGGUGCUGGUUUCUGUGUUGAGCCUAGUCGGUUCGUCAAUGCCAUCAAUGAGCCCGAGUGGCGGUCUAUGGUUCUGCUUCGGCAGGGUCAGAUCUUUGGAUGCAAGAAUGUGUACAAGUCGUGGAAGGCUUAGACCUUCUAGUGUGGAGAUUCGCGGCAAACGGCAAACGGCAAAC